AUGUCUCACCACAAUAACUCCUUAGCAGUGAAUGUGCAGUUUUCCAACUCUAGCAGCUUCAGCAGUGGUUUGCCUUGCAUGGACAAGGAAGGAGGCACCAACGUGUGGGCCAUAUCAGCCGUCGAGGCCCCGCCUGACAGGAUGCAAGCUGAGGAAGGCAGCAGUACACGUGCGGACAGCCCGCAGCCCGUUGACGCGUCUUCGAUUCUGCCCGACGGGGAGGAGGGGGCGCUCAUCAGAAGUCAGCUUUUCAUUCCUCUGCCACUGGCUGCGUCGUCUUUUAAACCAGAAAGUGACAGGCGCGUGCGUGACUCCACGGCAUCCACGGCACACUUGGAGCACCGCUCUUUCUCCUCCAUGCAGGAUAACACAACGCCGCCUCGCAUGUGCACCUACUUCGGCGAUGCAGCAGCCGCGGCUCGGGUGGCAGACCCAGAAGUGUCGGUAAUGUUGAAGAGUGAGCCGUUUGAUGAUAUUCAGGCCUCUCGCAGUCCUGUGGUCAGUGUGGCCGCAACCGCACAAGCAUCACGCACCACCUCACCGGCGCGGCCGACAGUGUCGUUGAACCUGCGCAAGAUGGGGGCCAGUGGACGCUCGCUCCCUGCGGAGUUUGUUGUUGUGAACGCUGACAAGGCGUGCACUGCUCACAAACUGCUCACCUCCCUCUCUGCCGCCACAAUAGCGCAGUACCGCCUUGUGAAGUUUAAGGUGACUCAGCGCAUCUACCGUGUCUACUACGAUAAGUGGUGGUCGAAGUUUCUUCAGCGCCCACCCGCGCAGUCGCCGCUGCGAUUCUCUGAGUCCACGCAAACCCAAGCGUUGCUUUCUCGUUCCGUCUCGGCGGGAACGGACUUUUCCGACAUCGACUCCUUCCACGCUAGCCGCUCCACGAGUCCUGCCGGGGACAGCCCGCUCACGCACGCGGCUGCGGGGGCCCCCCCGCAAGGUGUGCAACUUUUCUGUAGUCCCAAAGCGACCGCGUCUCUCUCUCCGCCGCGCGAGGGGGAGGAGAGCGAGACUCGAAGCGCUGUUACGUGGUCACCAGCGCCAGGGUUUCGACUGCAGACCUUUGCCUCUGCAUCUCUCUCACCACUGUCGCCAUCAUUUCAGCAUCGCACCCACAACGCUUUCAUCCCUCCGCCAGCUCCCCCGACGGAUCGCAUCGCCGUGCGCACGAAUCCCGCGAAGCUGGUGGACUUUGGGCAUCACUCCGAGGCGCCACAGCGCAAGAAGCGUCAUCCCGCCUUAACCCCGGCGGUAAAGCUGCCAGUGGUCACUCCUUAG